UAGUCGCUCUCCACCCCAAAGGCAACAGUGCUUUAUCGUCAAUUUGCAAUUUUAUACAGAAUUUUCAAGUAUUUUCAAUUGCUUCUUAAUCAUUUGCGUAAUUUAAGCAUUUUCCUGUAAUAUGCGGCCGAAUUUUGCCUUUCUUUAUACAAGAAACUCGUCUUUUAAGUUUGCUUGAAAACUUGGCAACGUCCUGUUUAAAGACCACCUCUCCCCUGCGCCGGUUCCCGCGCAAUUGUUGGCCGCCGCUUGUCGAAGUUGCCUGGAAAGCAACAGUUUUUCUCCAAAGACAACCAACAAAUUUUGUGGAAAAAUGGCUCACGGACACGAUUAUGCUAAGGAAAAAGAUCUGCUUCGGAGUUUCCUUUCGGAAUUUAACGUUCAGGAGGGCCGUCGGAAAGUCUUUAAAUAUGUGGACGCCAUGACCCAACUUGCUCAUCGAGAGGCGGUUUCUAUCGAGGUGGAUCUUGAUGAUGUUAACCAGUAUAACCCAGAUCUGGGCGAAGCCAUCCAAGAGAACACCCGUACUUAUGUGAAGCUCAUUUCCGACAUUGUUUUUGAGAUGCUACCCACCUUGAAAGAUAAAGAUGUGCCUUGCAAGGAUGCAUUGGAUGUGUACAUUGAGCAUCGUUUGAUGAUGGAGCAGCGCCUUCGUCAGCCUGGAGAUGCUCAUGACCCUCGCAACCAAUUUCCUCCAGAGCUCAUGCGCAGAUUUGAGGUUUUCAUCCGCAACCUGUCAAGCGCUAAAGCUGUGCCAAUCCGCCAAGUCCGAGCUGAGCAUGUAGGUUCGCUUCUGACGGUUCGAGGAAUUGUGACUCGCUGCACUGAGGUCAAACCCAUCCUGGUCGUUGGCACCUACACCUGUGACCAGUGCGGUGCUGAAACCUAUCAACCAGUGAAAUCACUUUCGUUCAUGCCUUUGGUCAAGUGCCCGAGUGAGGAGUGUCGCGUGAACAGAUCUGGUGGACGCCUGACCCUGCAAACUCGAGGCUCAAAGUUCAUCAAGUUCCAGGAAAUCAGGAUUCAGGAACAUAGCGACCAAGUUCCGGUUGGCCACAUUCCUCGUUCUCUAACCAUUUACUGCAAGGGUGAAAUUACUCGCCAGUGCUUGCCAGGAGACCACGUUGCCGUGACUGGCAUUUUCCUUCCCCUGCUCAAGACUGGGUUCCGUCAAAUGGUCCAGGGACUUCUUUCUGAGAACUUCCUAGAAGCUCACAGAAUUGUGCGUCUGACAAAAACUGACGAGGAAGAGCAAUCAAGGACCGAAGUCACUGAGGACGAGCUGAAGGAGUUUGCUGGACGCAACUUCUACUCUAAGUUGGCCGGCAGCAUUGCACCAGAAAUUUAUGGACACGAAGAUGUGAAAAAGGCCUUGCUGUUGUUGCUCAUUGGAGGUGUAAAUCAGAAUCAGGGAGGAAUGAAAAUCAGAGGCUCCAUCAACAUCUGCUUGAUGGGUGAUCCAGGAGUGGCCAAGUCGCAGCUUCUCAGUUUUAUCGAUCGUGUUGCUGUCAGAAGUCAAUACACUACUGGUCGAGGCUCGAGCGGGGUUGGUCUGACAGCUGCCGUAAUGAAGGACCCUCUGACUGGCGAGAUGACCCUUGAAGGUGGCGCUCUUGUCUUGGCUGAUCGUGGUGUCUGCUGCAUUGAUGAAUUUGACAAGAUGGCUGAUGCAGACAGGACAGCCAUCCAUGAGGUGAUGGAGCAGCAGACCAUCUCGAUUGCCAAGGCCGGCAUCAUGACCACCCUGAAUGCCCGAGUUUCCAUCUUAGCUGCUGCCAACCCUGCCUAUGGUCGCUACAACCCUCGUCGUACUAUUGAGCAAAACAUUCAGCUCCCGGCUGCUUUGCUAUCGCGUUUUGACCUACUCUGGCUCAUCCAGGACAAGCCUGACAGAGACAAUGACCUUCGUCUUGCUCAGCACAUCACCUUUGUCCACCAGAACAGCAAACAGCCACCACAGCAGUUCACCCCGAUUGACAUCAAACUAAUGAGGCGCUACCUGGCACUCACCCAAAAUGUUAGCCCGACCAUCCCUGUUGAGCUGUCUGAAUAUAUUGUUGACGCAUAUGUGGCGCUUCGUCGAGAGGCUCGUAACAACGCUGACAUGACCUUCACUUCUCCUAGGAUCCUUCUCGGCAUCGUUCGUUUGUCCACUGCUUUGGCCAAGCUGCGUCUCAGCGAGGAGGUAGAAAAGGCCGACAUUCAAGAAGCACUGCGUCUGAUGGAAAUGUCCAAGGACUCCCUGAACCAGCAGCCUGGUCAAGGCACCAGACCUCGAAGCUCCAGGGACCGUAUCUUCGCCAUCGUCCAAGAGCUGGCCGGCAACGCCAAAACUGUUAAGAUGGUUGACAUUAUUGAAGCGUGCACCAACAAAGGUUUCAAGCCUACGGAGAUUGACGAGACUGUUGAGGAGUACGAGGAGCUCAACGUUUGGCAACUCAACCAGACCAGGACCAAAAUCACAUUUGUUUAAAGUUAACUUAAUUUUUAAUUAUCACAUAAGGUUUUGACAGUAAAAUAAAAUUUGCCUUUGAAUUUUUAA